GACGACGACAACGACGACCAGGAGGAGGAGGAGGAAUGACAACGACCUCCGGUUGCCCCAGGCCAGCGGCUCAGGCAAAGGAGGGAGGACUGAGUGCUGAGGCAGAUGGAGAUGGGGCUUCAGGUCCCCCUGAAAACUGAAGCCGUUUGAGGUGGCCACACAAUGAAGAGGCCCAAGUGAGUCCCCCAGCCCCCUUGGACACAUGGCCAGCUCAGUCCCGUGGGCCCAGUGGGCCGAGCCAGACCACCGGAAAGGUGUCCGGCGGCAGUGGGCCUGUGGGGCGGGAGAGGAGGCCUUUGAGCUGAGCCUGGAUGAAGACAGAGUCAUCGGGGCUCUGGACGAGAUCAUAGCCCACCAGAGGAUGCUCCCCUCCCCUAGCCCUUCAGGCCCAGAGCUGUCGGGAGGCUCCAGCCCUGCUGAGAACCCCAAAUCCAGCCAGGAGCCCUGGGCAGUCACGGAGAAGAGCUCGGUCUUCAGCAAUCUGUGUGGCUCCGAGCCGCAAAGGUUCAAGGCAGCCGAGAGCAUUCCUGGAAGCUCAGUAGACGGUAAUGAAGAUGAACUAAAGGAAGUAGAAACACAAGAAGGGUCCAUUUCCCCACCCUGCUGUGAUCUGCAAAGAGAACAGGAGAUGGGCAUGACCGAACAGGAUGAGUGGAACCCAGACAGCGAGGAUGGCCUGGAGUUCCCAGUCCUCACCUAUGAGGGCCCCUUCCCACCAGAAUGCAACCAGAGACUGGAUGGGUCGCCCUUCUCCAACCAGUCUGACUUCAGUUCCAGCCCCAAUGAGCCCUCCAGCCAGCACUCCCGCGGACUACCCCGGGCCUAUGCAUUAGGAUGCCUCAGUCACCAUGCCGAGAGCCCAGACUUGGCUGUAGGGGGUCAGCUUGCCAAGGUCUCUGGGCAGCUCAUGAGAGGCUCCCCAUGGUUUCCAUCAGUGGGCUCUCCUGAGCUAAGCCGGCACCCCAGUUCUGCGAGCCCUCCACCUCUAGAGGACCUGCAGGAUACCCCAAGGUCCCCCAAGAGCAGGCCAGGUAGUACAGAGGACCUCCCUGCAUCCUGGGAUGGAUCAGUCACCCAGGCAACCACCACCAGAAUGUUCCAAGGCCCCAAGGCCCAGCUAACUCCAAACUGCAGGCAGCCUUGGGUUGAGGGCACUCGAGGGCCAGGUGGCGAUCGACCCACAUGCCGAGUGGGCAAGGCGAAGAAGGCUUCUUCCCCGAGGCGGCCUGUCCUGGCCUCCCGCCCAUCUCGAUCCCUGAGUCCCCCAGGGGCCACUAAUCCUAGGAGGGCAGCCCGGUCUGGUACGGUUGGUCAGAACAGUCCCCAGCCCUCCCGCUUAUAUGGUCAAGGGAGGCUCCAUUACCCGCUCCCAGAUUUCUCCAAGGUGGAGCCACGUGUGAGGUUCCCCAAGGACUACCACCCACCCCGAGGGAGGCCUCUGGACACCAGGGCCAGCCGGGCUAUGAGCCCGCUGGUCUUCAAGUCUCCAGCGGAGAUUGUGCGGGAGGUGCUGCUGAGCAGCGAGGAGGCCCCAUCCAGCUCCUCCAGAGUGGUGACGCAGGUGCCGGAUGAGUUUCGGACGCCCGAGCAGGCUACCCAGCUGGUCCAGCAGCUCCAGGAAGACUACCACCGGCUGCUCACCAAGUACGCUGAGGCAGAGAACACCAUUGACCGGCUGCGGCUGGGAGCCAAGGUAAACCUGCACUCGGACCCACCCAGGCCUAACCAUGGCAUCCGCACGGGGACGUUGCCAGCUGGGGCCCAACCACUGACCCUCUCCAUCCCCCAGGCCAGGAGGGCCAUGUUCCAGUCAGACCCUGGCCUUACCCCAUGGGCCACCCAGGAUCCAGGUUCCCCGUCUGCACAGGGAGAUAAGCACAACACCUCCUUCUGCAGGGCCCAGUGCCCCAGCCUGCCCCAGUGUCCUGGCCUGGACAGAUCCUCCCCGGGAGACUUGCUGACCCAGACCCUGGCAGCACGGGUGGAGAACUUACUGGCACAGGUGGAGUCCUUCGAAGGGCUGGUCCAGACAAGGAGGCUGGCAUCACAUGACCAACUGAAGGACUUCUGGAAGCUGAAGGCAGCACAGAGUGCCCUAGAGGGAGCCUAUCUCCAGGCCCGCGAGAAGCAUCAACAACUGCAGCAGCUUCAGGACCCAGAGGAGCCCCCGGGGGAGUUUGAUCUGGACAGGGCCGUGGAGGGAGAGAUCUUCCGCCUGGGAAUACACCUGGAGGAGCUGAAAGAUGGACUUGAUCAGGUCACUCUGGACCAGCAGCCUCCCAGAACCCCACGAGAGAACCCACUGCCCUGCAGCUUCUCGGCCUUACCAUCUGAGGAACUGCUGCCCCAGAUUCCAGCCCCAUCCCCCCUGACUCUGAAGCCAGCCAGCUGCACCCCAUAUUCCCAGCCUCUGGGGAUCCCAGGCAGCCUGAAGGACACAGCAUCAAGCUCAAUGGGCAAUGAGCUAGAAGGUGAUAGAGGUGUUCUCCCUGGGCUCGUCCAGCACAAAGCCUUGCAGGUGGAAAGGCCCUUCCAGUCGCUGCUGGGUCAGUACCGGGACACCAAAUCUCUCCCAGGUGCCCUGAAGGUGGAACCGAACCAGGGAGAAAGGGACUUCCGGGAGGCUGUGGAGAGCCCCACUCUGAGGAAAGCCCACCUGGGCACCUGCUGCCGCAGGCCACUGGAAUCAGAGGAGGAGCAGAGAUGCUCAGUCCCUCUUUCGGCACCUCUGGAGAAGAAGGCCCCCAUCCCCGUGGAGGGGAAGCAGUCAUCUGGGCAGGGGCCCAGUUGCCGACUGCCCGUGCAUCACCCUGAGCAUCUCAUUCGAAGUGGAACUGCCCCCAACCACCCUGUCCCAGAUACCCCCAACUCUCCCAUCCUGGGACGGAAGCAGCCACCAUCCCACCAGAGCAGUGUUGCCAGCCUGGUGGGCAGAGGCAGCUCUGAGCAGCUUCCCCGAAGGCCUUCCUACCCAGCCAAAGCCACCCAGCAAGAGGACCAUCCCAUCGUGUUCCCGGAAACUGACAGUGGCUUCCUGGGGUCUGAAACCAGCCAGGUGUCACCCCUCACCCAGACUCCGGAGCACCAGCUUCCACAGGCCAGUGAGCCACCGAACACUUGCCAGACAUCCUUGGCUUCCAGGCCGCAGACAUACCUUCAGGGAAACCAUCCCCCUGACUCAUGGGUGCCCUCCAGCCCUAGUUCAGCUCAAGGCUUUGGCCCUUGGCAGGAGGCAGAGGGCAUCCCCCAAGAGAGGGGACAGGGGGUCAUGCAGCGCACCCGGGAGCAAUUCUGGAGAAGGCAGCAAGGCCAUAAUCACUCAUCCCAGCUUGGCCCAGAUUCAGAAGUUCCAGCCGGCUUGGAAGAGAAAGCAGGUCAGAGUGAUGUGAGGACCAAAGCCCUUGGGGUAAUCAAGGCCUGCGAUUGGCCUUCCAUCCAAGGGCAAGACCAGCCUGCUGCCUUCUUGGCCAUAUCCCGGCAGGGAACAGCGGAACCUCCAGCCAGCCACCUCAAUGCCCGGAUAGCACGAGACCAGGCCAUCCAGGCCCUGCAGAACGAGGUCUCCCGGCUCCAGCGGAAGCUUGAGAAGAUGCUACUUAGCUCCACGCGGGACCCCGAGGAGACUCCCAGAGCAAAACCCAUCCAACACCAUAGUCACUUUGGGAAGGCUUCCCCAUCCUUGGGGGGCUCCACACCCACCAGAAAGCCCGUGAAGCAGCACCACCAAGAACGGAGUGAUUCAUCCCUGGGCAUCCCACCCACAAGGCUGCGGCCCAGGUCCUCUUCUCUUCCACGGGGUACAUCCAUGCUCGAGUGCAGCCCAGAGUCCGAGCAGCAUGCCACCGAGAGGAGGAGAGCUGCAGAGUGGAGCUGUCAGGGUGAGGAAUACGUUGGAGUGAGAGCAGGGCACGGAGCCCAGAAGCAGAAGGGCUUGAUAACCUUCCGAGGCCUUUACACAGGAAAAGAGUAUCAUAUACCAAGGCCCAAGCCUGCCAGGGCAGCCGCAGACACCGCUUCCUGCUCCCGCUGCCAGAAGCUUCCAGGCAGGGAUUUGGCCCAGGGCGUAGGCACCAGUCCGCCAUGUGACCCCUCCCGGAAGAUGCGGUGUCCCCUGCAUUGGGAUUCUGGAAACCCAGCAGCUGAAAAGCACUCGGAUCCAGCAACUACGGAGUCACACCACGACACCAGGAGAGGUGGAUCACCAGAUUCCCAGCUACAUUCUGAAGCCAAGCAACCACAUUCUGAAGCCAAGAGACCACCAUCCUCGCCUCUGCCACCAAGGGUUUGGUACCUGGCCUCCCCAGCAGCCCCUGCUCCAGCUGUCACUUAUCUUCCAGCACUGUCCGUGGUGCCUCCUUCCCCUUCUGUAGUGUACUACCCCACUUGUGUGUCUACCUCAGCCUCCUCCCCGACAGGUCCUGUCUUCUAUUGCUCCAGCAGCUUCAGCCCCACAAAGCAGAAGCCACCAGCUGCCCCCUGGCCAGCCCCGGGGCUCGGCUGUUCCCUGACCCUUGAACUGGAUGACCUCAAUGAACUGAAUUGGUCCCUGAGCCAAGCUGUGCAGGCAGCCAAAAGCAUCAAGUUUACCACCAAGCAGAUGAGCCGGUCUUUAACUUCUGACCUAAACAGGGCCAGGGCCCUGAGGAGCUCUUGCCUCUUUUGACAAGAACUGGUGACAGGUGGGUUGGGUGGGGAGAUCCCCCCAUGCUCUGUCCAGCCUGAGGUCCCAGCCACAAAGGCAAGUCCAGGGGUCCCAGGGCAAUGUAUGUUGGGCUUUUACCUUAAACAAGUGGGCAGUGUCCCCCAAACAGUAGCUGUCUCCCUCAGAUCUACUUAUGUCUGAAAGUAGAAUCGGCUGAAUCUCGACAGUGCAGAAGAGAGUUGAUCAUUUUCCAGUUCACUUAAACCGCACAGAGUGGUGGACAGUCUGCAUAGAUCAAAUUACCUAGAAAAUUGUUAGACGCCCUUUUCCCUUUGCGCCUUUGACUCUUUGGUACGAACUAGGGCAGUGAAGGCAGGCUUGCCCCUGCUGCAGCUAUGCCUCCCUCAGCUUUCUGGGAUUGAGCAGGCAUUUAUCCAUCUCCAUCCCAAAGACAAGUGAGGAAAGCUGAAUUUUAAAUUUUUUAAAAUAACUGUACAAUAUCGUUUGUGUUUGGAAACUGGGAUUCCUCGUCUUGUUGGUGUUGAAGCUGAAGGAAAGGAGCAAGAAGCAAAUGUGAGACAGAAGAGCACUUUGCCCUUCACAGGCAUGUGGAAGAAUUCAAAGUGCACUGGCCAACCAUGAUUUUCAUCCUCUUUUCUUUCACACUGCCUCCCUUCUCACCUCCAUCUCCUUUGAUAGCUCUCCAAUGGAAGGGUGUCAGUCUGGUGUUAAUUUUAUCCACUGUGAAAUUCAGCAAAUGGGCUGGAUAUUUUUUAAUCUUAAAUUCCAUCCAGGUGUCACAAUGGCUUUCAGCCCCAUGGUGGUGCAAGAGAAACUAGUGAGUUCCUCCGUCACCUGUUUCCUUGGUUGGUUGUUACUCUCCAACCGCCCGCCUCCAUCUUUCCUCUUCUUGCAUUGUAAUAUCCUGUUGGGGAAAUUUGGCUCCAGCAGGGGAGUUUGAUUUGACUGGGUGUGAUCUAGUCUGGUCUUCCUAUGCUUCAAGGUGGCCUUGGAUGCUUCAGGCUUCAAUAGAGGUUGCAAUUGGUCUAAUUCAGGUGCCUCCAGGGGGGCAAUUCUAAGCACAUGGGGCUGGUUAGCAACAAUAAAAGAAAGGGUGUAAAUGGGCAGCAGUGCUGGGCAGUCGGCUCACAGCAGAGUAAAGGACACUGGCGCAUCACGGUAAAGGUAGCAGUGGAGCCCAAGAACUCCAAAGCAGGGCCACCAGCCGUCAAUGGCUUCCAACGGCGGGUCAGCCUCACACAGAGUGUGCUGUUAAGGUGGAAGGGUGCCAACAGGAGAACCUACAUGGUGCUGGAUGGCCCUCAGGAGCCGGCACCUUGGAAGGUGGCCAUCAAUAGCAUAGAGCAGAAGUCCCUUCUAUUCCCAAAGAAAUAUGCAUGUCCAAAAUGGGAGCCAUCUUCAGUCUGUUGAUUUUCUAAAACUCCAGCCUCUUGAAAAGUGAAUCUGGGAUUUUCAACUGGAAUGCAGGCUUGGAUGAAAAACUAACGUUCACACUGAUCUUCUCUAACAUUUCUUCUUUUUGAAGUCCUGCCAAUAACCUCCUCUUUUUCCCUUCAGUUUUGGGUACUAGGUUGUAUCAAUGGCCAUAGCCCUUACCAAACGACAUUUGUUUCUUAUUGUGAAAUGCAUAGAGAGACAGCAAAAUAAUCCAUCUCUUCUGCAGGACACCCAGCCUGUGGUCCUGGUCAAAGGAUGAAAGCCUGACCCGAGGACCCUAGCAGUCUCUGCCUUAAUCUCAGGGAAACAAAGUGUGGCCAAUCCAAUAUGACUGGACUGGCAAUACUCUCACUUAAAGGUAGGGGAGACUAGGAUUUGAGGCCCUGGACACUUUACCAAGAAUCCAGGAGAUGAGUCGGUCAGUACUACAAUUUGCAGUCAAUCUGGAUGGAGGAAUUGGAAUCUGGCAUGAGAGAGGCAUCAUAGGCCGAAGAAACCAACCAUCUGCAACACAAGGUUCAGAAACACUCAUAUGACUGACCAGUCCUAAAAAGACUCUUGGAGACAGCAGCCUUGGAUCAGCUGCUCACUACGGACUCUGUCUUCCCUUCCUCAGGAGACUCACCCCUUCGUCGCUCUUCGCAUCCCAGGGCCAAGAUCCUUAACAUCCCAUCAUGGCUGGAGCUCAGAGUCACUCUAAGUUGCCUCACUCGUCAUGUAGCCAUUUGAACCCAUAGGUAGUCCAGUUCUAACCACCCAUGUGAGCAGCACGCUACAGAGAACCUAGAGGUGAAGAAACAUUUCAAAGUAACCCUGCCACUUCUGCCCAAACAGAAGCACCAAGCAAUGUUCUAGAAGGCUGGAGCUGGAGGGGAGGAGUCCUGGGAACCUCCCAUCCCCACAACUCUGCUCUGGGAAAUAUCACCACCUCUUCUUGAGAAAUAGGCUGAAGGAGGUGUGGCUCCAAGAAUAUAGUGGGGCUAGAAAAGAAACCAGGGUGGAAAAUAAUAAUAAUAAUGAUGGCAUUUAUUAAGCACUUACUAUGUGCAAAGCACUGUUUUAAGUGCU